AUGGAAGGUGAGAUCUUGCACGACUUCCGCAUCACACAUUCUUACUCUGAAAAUCAUGACGCCGAAAACACAAUUACCGGCGAGAAAGUUAGCCUGAGGCUGAGUCCUAAGAAGCACCGACUUGAAGGUGAAAUCUCAGCGUACAAAUCACUUGCAGGCGGCAUUGGCAUCCCUUUUUUUGACUCGGAGGGAAGCCUGAUUGUUACUACCAGGCUUGGGCCAACUCUUGAGAACCUUUUCGAAAAAUGCGGUAGACAGUUAUCUCUUAAGUCGAUUUUGCUCAUUGCUGACCAGGUAAUAUCUCGCCUGGAGCUUAUGCAUGGAAGAUCACUUGUCCACGGGGAUAUCAAACCUGACAACUUCCGAAUCGGCAUCGGCAAACAAGGCAACGUCAUUCACGUAACCGGCCUCAGCUCAGCUUCUGCUAUCAAUGGAACGUCUUGGCGCCACGACAUGGAAGCAUUGGGCCGCAUGCUCGUCUACUUCGGCGGUGGCAAAACGUGGUUGGAGUUGGUCGAGACUCCCCUAGAGACUCUUUGCGAUGGGCUCCCAGAGGCGUUCUUGUAUUAUUUUGGUCAGCUGCGCAGUUCAGGCUCUGAACGGAAGCCCGACUAUGAGCUGCUGCGGCGAAAGUUCCAGAAAUUGUACACUGACAGCAAAUACCCGCACGACUUUGUCUUCGACUGGACUCUGAUCAGAUACAACAGCAGCAAUAUCGGAAGCAUCGAUAAUGGACAAAGAUUUGCGGAACAGCCCGAGUAUGCCCCAAUAAGCCAGCACGAGCUUAAAACAAAAGUGGUGGAAAUCAGCAACAGUUUGCAAGACCUGGAAACCAAAUUUGAAAAGGAUUAUGCACGAGAUCCGCUUUCCAUUAGGCAGCAGCAAUUCAGAGAGCUGCUUGAUGAAUAUAUAGAUUGGGCAUGGGCCCUCGAUCGUGUAUCUCACAAACGUCCGCGACCUUCAAAUGAUGACAUAGCCAAGAGCAUUUGGACAAUCAUCGAACGAAUCUUUGGCCUGCCUGGAAUGAAGUCGGAUCAGCAACUCGCCUUCUUUAGGUCAGCAUACUCGACACUGGCGGUUCUCUAUGUCACGGUGUCUGCUUCUGAGACCAUCUGGGCUCUAUAUCUCAAGAAAAUUUCGGAACGCGGAGCUGAGUUUGACAGCGCUUGCCGACAGGCAUGGGACAUAACCAGUGAAGAAUGGGCCAAGACCUCCAAGUCAUAGAUUUAA